AUGAUGGCAAAGAUGAAGAUGAUGCAGAUGAAUAUUUGCAAGACGUCCUGGACGGUUACAUUGGACGGUGAUGACGAUUCAGGGGUAUAUGUCAACGACCAGGAGGUGGAAGAAGAAGAAGAUGACGAAGAGGAAGAAGAAAGCAUUGAUGCAGAACUCUCCGACCACAAUGUCAUCCCAAGCGUCUACAUCAAAGCCCAAGACCCCUUCCAGGAGAGGUCUAUCCACGGGGAAGACGACGCCCGACAAUACCGGGACUCAUUUCGGAAUGAGCUAAGAUCCAUCAUUGAUGAGUACAGGAAGGUACUCCGUAUACCAUUCCACGACUUUUGCGCCAUAGAUCGCGAAGACCGGACAAUGUGCCCAGAUGUAUACCAACUGCUACAAAUCAGCGGUGCUGAUUGGUUGGUCAAUUUUCUAAUGGACGCGAUCCCUCUGCCUGUCCAAGAACUUCUCGGCAACUCGGAAACGAGCAUGGAUGAAUUUCUGGCACAUCUCCCGCGAUUCCCGGCCUUUGAGCAACGUAUUAGCUGCUACGUUGACCUGGCUCAGCAUCAGAGAACAGGAGAAGUUCGGCGGUACGUUGGCUCUGCAACAGAGAAGAUAGGCGGCUGGUCGCGCAUGCAACAGUAUCUCAAGCAAUCCGGACAGAGCUUGGAAGAAUGCCGGGAAACCGGGGAGCACCAAAAAUGGAUCUGCAACGAAGACGUGGAGCCCAACCUCUUUGUGCUGGCACUGUUUGACAACGAUGCACGGCACAAACCAUUUACGCUUCUUCUGGAGGGCAUCUUCAUGAUCAUGUUCGGAUCUCUGCGCAAAAGAACAGGCAGAUGCUAUUCCACGUGCAAUUUGGGAUUUUUAUAA